UUGGGGGUUGAUUUGGAGAGGAUAGAGAGUGCAAAUUCUGUGGAGAAAACCCUAUCUUAAGGGAGAGUUUGAAAAUGAAAACUAGAGGAAGAUCCGGAAGUAGAAGGAGAGUUGCUGAGAGAGAAAGUUUUGCGGGGAGAGAAUCAGGUUUAAACCAAAAAACCAGGAACAGUCAUAGGAGAUUUUCCUGGCAGUUUAGCGGAGAGAAAAGGGGAAAAGAAUACGGAUUCACCCAGAGCUUUUGGAAGGAGAUUCGGCCAGGGCUUUUGGGAGGAGAUUGACCCAGAGAAAUUGCUGAGGAGGAACGGCAGAGACUUGGUGGAAAACCAUCUUUGAAGUUUUUCUUCUCUAGUACAUGACACGUGCUAGAGGGGAGACACUUGAAGAAUUUGAUCUCGAAAUUGAGCGAACAGCCCAUAAUUUGAGGAGAAUGGUAGCCGCACCUGCUAACAUGAUGGAGGACGAAGACAAUGGAGACCACUGAGAGAUUAUGCCAUGCCAUCAAUGGAAGGAGCCGAAUCUAGCAUAAGAAGACUGACAAUUAAAGCAAUAAUUUUGAGAUCAAGCCGGCCAUCAUUAAAUGAUUCAACUCUCGGUACAAUUUAGAGGUUUAUCACAAGAAGAUCCCAAUGUCCACUGGAAAAUUUCCUGGAGAUCAGUGAUACUUUUAAGCAUAAUGGAGUGUCAGAAGAUGCUAUUCGUCUGCGGCUUUUUCCAUUCUCAUUGAGGGAUAAGGCAAAAAGUUGGUUAAUCUCUUUACCUUCAGGAUCCAUCACCACAUGGGAGCAAAUGGCACAAAAAUUCCUAGGUAAGUAUUUCCCACCUGCAAAAACUGCAAAAUUACGAAACGAAAUUAUUAUGUUUUUGCAGGUCGAGAAUGAAUCACUCUAUGAGGCAUGUGAAUGCUUUAAAGAUCUACUGAGAAAGUGUCCUCACCACAGGUUACCAAUAUGGCUUCAGGUACAAACAUUUUAUAAUGGUUCUACGGCCACAAUCCGUAAUAUGAUUGAUGCAGCUGCAGGUGGAACAAUAAUGAGAAAAACGCCUGAACAAGCCUAUGAGUUGCUAGAUGAAAUGGCUGCAAAAUUCUUACCAAUGGCCUGCGGAGAGACUCCCUGCUAAGAGGGCCGCGGGUUUACACAAUGUAGAUGCCAUCAUUGCUUUAGCGGCACAAAUGGAGGCUCUCAAUAGGAAGAUGGAUGGACUGCAACUCCCAAUAUCCAAUACAUGUGAUUUUUGUGGAGGCAGCCACCCAAACCAUGAAUGCCAAACAGGUGACCAAGUCGCAUCUAGUUCACUUUCUGAGCAGGCACACUUUUUUAUCAAAUUUCCAUAGGCAAAACAACCCGUAUAGCAACACCUAUAAGCUGGGAUGGAGAAAUCACCCGAACUUUGCAUGGAAUCAAAAUAAUGUGAAGCAACCACCUCCCGGAUUCCCACCUCAAGAGAAGAAAUCAAAUUUAGAGGAUAUGAUGGCUAAGUUCCUGAGCACAGCUGAAACAAGAGUUCAGAAUCAAGAAGCUUCAAUACAAAAUCUAAAAGUUCAAAUAGGGCAACUUGCAAACCUGGUUUCAAGGCGUACACAAGGUUCCCUCCCAAGCAACACCGAGAAGAACCCCAAGGAGCAAGUUAAGGCCAUGGCAUUGAGGAGUGGGAAACAAUUGGAUGAGCCAACUACUAAGGUGACUGAGUCCAACAUACAAGAGGACUCAACCAUUAUUGAAGAGAAAGAAGAAACAACCACUCAAGAGGAGAGGUUGAAUUUGAAUAAGAAAUCUAAGGAAAAAGGGGUGAAGAAUUCUGACUUAACAUCUGAAAAGUACAUGCCUCAUCUUCCAUACCCCCAAAGGCUCAAGCAAGACAAGCUAGAUAAGCACUUUUCUAAAUUUUUAGAAAUUUUUAAAAAAUUGCAAAUUAACAUUCCUUUUGCUGAAGCCUUGUCACAGAUGCCCAGCUAUGCUAAAUUCUUGAAGGAAAUCUUGUCCAACAAAAGAAGGUUGGAAGAACGUGGAACAAUCAUGUUGACAGAAGAAUGCAGCGCCAUUCCACAGAAUAAGAAGCUUGGUUUAGGAAAAGUCAAGGCAACCACUGUGUCCUUACAAUUGGCAGACCGUUCAAUAAAGAGACCAUGGGGAAUUAUUGAAGACGUACUAGUAAAAGUGGAUAAAUUUAUUUUCCCCAUGGAUUUCAUUGUCCUUGAUAUGGAGGAAGACUAAGAAGUGCCGCUAAUCUUGGGACGACCAUUCCUUGCCACGAGAAGAGCUUUGAUUGAUGUGCACUAAGGAAAACUCCUUCUAAGAUUGAAUGAUGAUAAAGUGGUAUUCGACAUGUAUAAAAUUAUGAAACAUCCUUCUGACUCUUUGUCAACUUCUUGUUUUCAGGUGGAUAUCUUUGAUGAUCUUGUUGAGGAGUGCUAAAUGAAAUCUCUUGAGGAUGAUCCUUUAGAAAGAUGCAUUAUGGAGUCUGGGACCACUAUGGAUGAGGAGAACACAUUUCAAUAAGAAGCCAAAAAUCUCAAAGAAUUAUGAGGACAACCUGAGAGAACAAAAGCCAAAACUAGAACUCAAAGUCCUUCCAUCUCAUCUCAAAUAUGCUUAUUUAGAACGUGAGGCAUUUCCUGUAAUUAUCUCUUCUUUAUUGACAGGUGAUAUGGAAGAAAAAUUGUUGGAAGUUCUAAGAAGACAUAUGAAGGCAAUAGGUUGGACCAUAGCAAACACUAAGGGAAUCAAUCCAUCCAUUUGCACACACAAGAUCCUCAUGCAGGAAAAUUUCACGCCCAAGGUUCAACCUCAAAGGCGCCUCAAUCCAACAAUCCAGGAGGUAGUAAAGAAGGAAGUGGUCAAAUUGCUCAACGCAUGUAUUGUCUAUCCCAUUUCUGAUAGUGCAUGGAUUAGGCUGGUACAAGUAGUACCAAAGAAAGGUGGGAUAACAGUGGUUGAAAAUGAGAAUAAUGAAUUAAUACCUACUCUAACUGUUACAGGGUGGCAUGUUUGUAUUGACUAUAGAAAAUUAAAUGAUGCCACAAGAAAAGAUCACUUUCCCUUACCAUUUAUUGAUCAAAUGUUGGAGACAUUGGUAGGUUACAAGUACUAUUAUUUUCUGGAUGGCUAUUCAGGAUACAAUCAAAUCUCUAUUGCCCCCGAGGACCAGGAGAAAACAACCUUCGCAUGCCCCUAUGGCACAUUUGCUUACAGAAGAAUGCCUUUCGGCCUCUGUAAUGCACCAGCAACAUUCCAACGUUGCAUGAUGGCAAUCUUCUCAGACAUGAACGAAAAAUUUUUGGAAAUUUUUAUGGAUGACUUUACAUUGUUUAGUCUAACAUUUGAAGAUUGUCUUCAUCAUUUAUCAUUGGUUUUGCAGCGGUGUGAAGAAACGAACCUCAUACUUAAUUGGGAAAAGGCCAUUUUAUGGUUCAAUAAGGGAUAGUUCUAGGGCAUAAGAUCUCCUCCAAGGGGAUUGAAGUUGAUAGGGCAAAAGUGGAGGUGAUCGAGAACGUACCUCCACCAACUACAGUUAAAGCUAUUAGAAGCUUCCUCGGGCAUGCAUUUCAGGUGUUAAAGGAGAAGCUUGUGACCGCCCCUAUUGUAGUACCACCGGAUUGGAGCCAUCCUUUUGAAAUGAUGUGCGAUGCGAGUGAUACUGCAGUGGGGGCCGUGCUUGGUCAAAGAAAGGACAAGGUUUUUCGGGCUAUCUAUUAUGCAAGUCGCACCCUCACCAGACCUCAAUUAAAUUAUGCUACAACUAAAAAAGAACUUUUGGUUGUAGUAUUUGCAUGCGAUAAAUUUAGAUCAUAUCUAAUGGGGUCAAGAGUCACUGUUUACACUGACCAUGCAGCUUUGAAGUUUCUUUUAGCUAAGAGGGACGCUAAGCCAAGACUGUUGAGAUGCAUUCUUCUCCUUCAAGAAUUAGACUUGGAGAUCAAGGACAAGAAGGGGACAUAUAAUCUAGUGGCUGACCACCUUUCAAGGCUACAAAAUACAAUUAAGGAGUAUAAGGACAUAAAUGAGGAGUUUCCUGAUGAACAAAUUUUUUCUAUCUCUACUCGUUCUCCUAAUUCACAUGUUACUGAAAUUCCUUGGUUUGCAGACUUU